CGAAAAGGGACAGACAAUCAAAUCUCCAGAAUAAAACCCUCAAUGGCUGCCUUUCCGCCUUCCUCCCCCUCAGCCUCCUCCUCAUCUGCAUCUUCCUUGCCCUCUCUCUAUCCGUCCUCCUCCUACAGUUCAAUUCACUCCCCACCAUUGACCAGUGCCAAUCUUUCCUCGUUGCCUUUAUCGCCUUCCCAACGUCCCUCUAGUCUUCGUGCCCGAGAUCAGCUAGAGACUCUUAUUGCGAGACACGGUCACCCCACCAGAGUUUCGUUGUCAUCCCUCGAAGAAUUAACGGCCACCUCGUCGACUUAUAGUCCGCCGUCCCCCCAGUCACCCGUCUCGGAAACCACAGACUAUUUCGCGGGUCUCAAUCUCAACCACUCUGCCUCUCGUCCGAUACCUAUACCAAAGCCAUCCCAUAUCACGCACGAUCACGAUUUUCCCGUGACCCCGUUGACCGGACGUUUUGACAAGGGCUACUACUUCGCCCACCGUGAGCACAUCGAGAGAAGUCGUGAUAAGCCAACCCAUACAAGACCAUCUCGUCCAGGGCAUCGUUCACACUUCUCUGAACCGUCCAGAAUGCGCUCUGAUAGCUCGACAUUGUACGCGCCGGUCGCUACUCCUGCCAUGUCGUCAGCUGGUCGCCCUCUUUCCCCCCAGCCAUCGCGCGCCCGGGGCGGAAACUCAUCCAAACCAGCCCCAGCCUUUCAUCUGGGAAGCUUGCCACGGUUCCAUCCCGCUGUUUAUCAGUCCUCUGGAACCUCUCAGACCCUGUCUGCGCAGCCUCCAUCACCUCGACAACCCCGACAGCACGGAUACCGUGCGUCAGCCGGCUCUCGCGACUCCAUGUGGCGAGAUCUGGCGGAUGGAAACAUUCUUAUCAAAGCUCCCUCACGCCCACUCUCACCCAGUCCAUCUGCACCACGUCUCGACCCGCUGAACAGCCCUGGACCAGUUACACCUCUCGCACUCGAGGAUGCAGGUGGCUAUCUGGGCUCGGGCACAACCACUGACCCUACUGCUCGCGAAAGCCACUACUCCGGCCCGGCGCCUGAUGCAGUGGACAAGCUCAUCGCUCGCGAGGCCGAGCGGGCCCGGCAGAAGGCCAGAAAAGGGCUGAAGGGCUACUGAACAGCCACAUCAUCGUGAGAAAUUGAUUUCCUCCUCCAUAUUGCAUUUUCAUUCUCAUUUUCUUUUGUCUUCUCGUGUAUUAUGAGAUCAUGCGCCUAUACCCCAUAUCGCCAAACCCAGACAUUUUCAAUUCUUUUCUUUCGGCUACUGUGUUACACACGAAUUUUCUCUGGUUUUACCGUUGCCUACAUCUUCUCCUCUCUCGGAGUUAUCUCGAUUUCUCGAGAUAACAUCUACUUCACCUUCAGCUUCACUUUACCGGGGGCUGUACAGAAACAGACUGUCUUCCUCGUGGCUAGACUGGAAUAGGAAUAGAAAUUGACCGCGAUCAAUGUUCCAAGC